AUGGAUUGCUUGGUAUUGCCUGUUUGCUUAUUGGGAAAGCGCAGCAUGGGAUCACGGCUAGGCUACCGGCGUCUAACGCGCGAGUUGGAGCCACAAGUGAGGGUGGUGGUAGGGAAAGAGAAACGAGAAUUUUGGGUGGACCCUUUGGUGUUAGAGGAGAGUCCAUUCCGGGUUUUGAUGGAAACAUUGAAGAAAGGGAAUGGCAGCCAUGCAACAAGGGAGAAGAAAAAGAAGGUGAUAUUCGUGGACGUGGAUGCUAUCUUGUUUGAGCACAUGCUGUGGUUGAUGAACAAUGAUUCUUCUUCUUUGUUUCAACUUGAUCUCCACGAUAUUAUUGACUUCUAUGCUCAAGAUUACUAG